CUGGUGCAUGUGGUCCACAGGACUCUAGGAUGGAGACAUGUCCCUCCCUCCGUGGACAAGGACAGCGACUCCGUCCAUGCCACUGUUGCUAGGCAACUGGCCAAACAACCGCAUCACCUUUGACCCCGUUUUGUCCAGGAAACACAAACUGGUCCCUGGAGUACGAGCCUCUAACCAGCAGGGGGCGGAACUCAGCCGCUGAUAAACCACAGAAGAAGAAGAGGCGGAAGUAAACAUCCAGACAUCAGCAGGUCUGGGUUCAGAGGUCGCUACCUGAUGGCAGACUCCGCCCAUUCGGAGCACUCACCUGGUCCUGGUGAUGUGGUGGUGAAGCAGCGUUACCAUGACAUCAGCCCUGUGACCCUGCAGGUGGGCGGGGCCGUGAGUUCCAGGCUGUACUGUGGGGAGGUGGAGGGUCUGUCUGGACUGGUGGAGUCCUUCCUGGUGGAGCUCUAUCGCUGUAAACUCUGUCAAUUCACCUGUGACCUGAAGACCUCCAUCAGCAGCCACCUGCUGCUCAGGCACCGCCCCCUCGCUUACCUGGGGGGGGCGGACCGGGGGGGUGGGGCUGAUGGCGGGGACUAUCAGCUGGAUCUGAACGGAGGGUCGAAGCAGAGGGACGAGGACGAGGACGAGGACUUCCUGCUCUACAACAUGCUGGACAACAUGAGCCCCGCCCCCUGUGACAUCAGCUCAGAGGGGGCGCUGCAGGUCGCACACACCUGUGAGGUCAGCACUCUGUUUGAGGAGGACUCCUCCAUCUUCCCUCUGAAGGGGAGUUCAGUGGACCUGUCCUGUCCCAUCGACCCCCCCUCCUCCCAGGAGGAGAUGGCGCAGUCCGCUCACCUCAUGACACUGGGUCUGUGUCGUAUCUCUGCUGUCAAACCUCCUCCUCCUCCACCCACCUCCUCCUCACCCGACCCAGACAUCCCCCCCUUUGACGACCAGCCGGGCGUCCUGAAGGGGGGCAGGACGGGGGGGAGGCGGGUGAGGACGUCGUCCCUCCUGUGUCUCCUGUGUCCUCUGACGCUGCCGACCAGGCGGCUGCUGGACGUCCACAUCAGGUCCCACCGAGCGUCCGGUGGUUUCAGCUGCAUCUGCUGCAGCUGGACGGUGGAGAGCUGGGAGGAGCUGGAGCCUCAUUGGAGGAGCCACAGCAGGAGGAGGAGGAGGAGGAGGAAGAGGAGGGAGGGGCAGGAGAAGGAGAAGAUGGCGGCAGCGACCGGUCAGAGUCCUUUGAGGAACACAGCGUCAGAAAACGUUCAGAAACAUUCAUCAGGGGCAGCAGGUAAACGGAGGGAACAGCUGAUUGGACGGACUGACGGGAAGGAGGCGGAGCAUCCUGACAGGAACCAGGAACCAGGAACCAGGAGGAAGAAGAACCCAGAGGAGGAGGAGGAGGAGACACAUGGAGGAUUCUGCUGUUUGUUGUGUGACAGGAAAUUCUCCUCUAAGUUGACUCUGAGACGACACCUGGGCAUCCACGAUGGACGGAGACCCUUCACCUGUCCUCACUGUCCCUAUAGCAGCAGACUGAAGGCCUCACUGCUACAACACCUGAGGACACACACAGGUGAGAAGCCGUACAGGUGCACUCAGUGUCUGUACGCAUCCAUCGAUCGCAGCUCUCUGCUCCGUCACAUCAGGACGCACAGUCAGGAGAAACCGUAUCGCUGUCAACACUGUGACUACAGCAGCAUUCAGAAGAAGAGUUUGGAUCUCCACGCUCGCCGCCAUCACACUGGCGAGGUGUUUCCAUGCCAACAGUGCGAGUACUCGAGUCCAGACCGCCAGCUGCUGCAGAGACACGUCCGCCGACACCACGCCCCCUCCCAGCACGCUGCCACCUGAUUGGACGGCCGGCCGGUGGGCAGGGCUGAUCUGUAAAUAAACGAACUAUGGAAAAAUGACACACGAUAUGUAUGACAGUGUUUGACCUGAAGGGGCCGGACCAGUAACAGUAACACACUGUAUUGACCUAAGUGACCACAACUCCAGGUGUUUCCUUUUGUUUUAGUGCAUAAGUGGAUGGAAGCGUUUCCAUGAACCCUCUGGUUGAACCCGGUAUAGUUCAUCUUAGAACGGUUUACAAUCAUUCUUUACAACACAAACUCCCCUGUGUCAUUUACAACACUUUUUUGUAAACGUUUGUAAAUCAGCAUGAUAAUACUGAGAAAAACUGUGUUAAACUAUU